ACAAGUGCUCGACCUUUUGCGAUGGAUUGCUUGUUGGAUGCGUUGGUUUCUAGUGAUCGAGGAGGCUAUCGCUUGGAUCUUUGCGAUUCGAUUGUUGCAGAUGCAAGCUUUAUCAUUGAUCGUGUCCGGUUGGCCUCGCAUUGUGGUUUCGAUGGCAGAGGUGUCGUCUUCUUGCCAGAUUUAAUGUUCCUCAGGUUUCGUAGAAGGUCAACUCUUCAAUCGAUAUUUGACCCUGGGCAUGUCGUUCUGACUAAAAAAUGCGAUCUUUGACCGGUCUGGGCAUUGCUUUGAGCCUAAUCUCAGGUUGCUUGUUCUUGGCUCUCGUUGCAGAGCUGUCCUAUUUAUUUUGGUGGAAGACGAGAACUAACAGGGCCAGAGAGCUGCUUCAUCUUUUCUGCUGGAGGAAGCCAUCUUUUCCCGGUUCCACAGAAGUCAACCCCCAAGAGAUCUCCGCCACAGUGGAUGUAGCUGCUUGCUCCGAGGAGGGACAACUGCAGUUGCAGCUCCACUCGAGCUCUAGCAGGGCCAGAGAGCUGCUUCAUCUCUUCUGCUGGAGGAAGCCAUCUUUUCCCGGUUCCACAGAAGUCAACCCCCAAGAGAUCUCCGCCACAGUGGAUGUAGCUGCUUGCUCCGAGGAGGGACAACUGCAGUUGCAGCUCCACUCGAGCUCUAGCAGGGCCAGAGAGCCGCUUCAUCUCUUCUGCUGGAGGAAGCCAUAUUUUCCCGGUUCCACAGAAGUCAACCCCCAAGAGAUCUCCGCCACAGUGGAUGUAGCUGCUUGCUCCGAGGAGGGACAACUGCAGUUGCAGCUCCACUCGAGCUCUAGCAGGGCCAGAGAGCUGCUUCAUCUCUUCUGCUGGAGGAAGCCAUCUUUUCCAAGUUCCACAGAAGUCAACCCCCAAGAGAUCUCCGCCACAGUGGAUGUAGCUGCUUGCUCCGAGGAGGGGCAACUGCAGCUGCAGCUCCACUCGAGCUCUAGCAGGGCCAGAGAGCUGCUUCAUCUCUUCUGCUGGAGGAAGCCAUCUGUUCCAAGUUCCACAGAAGUCAACCCCCAAGAGAUCUCCGCCACAGUGGAUGUAGCUGCUUGCUCCGAGGAGGGACAACUGCAGCUGCAGCUCCACUCGAGCUCUAGCAGGGCCAGAGAGCUGCUUCAUCUCUUCUGCUGGAGGAAGCCAUCUGUUCCAAGUUCCACAGAAGUCAACCCCCAAGAGAUCUCCGCCACAGUGGACGUAGCUGCUUGCUCCGAGGAGGGACAACUGCGGGUCCAGUCGAGCUCUAGCAAUGGAGAUGAUGACACUGUGGAGGCUGAGCUCAUGAGGCUCCAUAGCCUUGCAGGCCCUCCGAGGUUUCUCUUCACCAUUAACGAGGAGAGCAAGGAGGAUUUGGAGUCAGAGGAUGUAAGGUCCGGAGGCAAAAAGAGCUGGAGUGAUUCGUUCGAUCGUUCAGACACCCCCCCAUACUUGACCCCUCCCUCUUCCCCUCCUUUCUUGACUCCACCUCUCACUCCUUUAGCUCGCUUCAAACACAGUGCUUUCAACCCCCUCUUUGAAUCCUCAAAAGAAGAAGACUUCUUCAGGAUCUGAUCCUGGUGCUGCAGGCAACAACAACACUGGAGCAAGUUCCAAGAUUUAUGAGUUUGCUCGAGGAUCUGCUGCUUCACUCUGAGCAAGAACUUUCUCUGCCCGGUUUUUGUUCUCAGUCUGGACAACAAGGAAAUUCUCGGAACAGCUUUUCUGAUCAUGUCUCAACAGGCAUAACUCUUACAUUUGAGCCAUGAACGCACCACAAAAAUGCAAAGCUCGUCUUAGAACAUCCCCAAAGCUAUGAUGCUUCUACUCCCAGUCAAACAGCAAGAACAGGCUCUCUGGGCCAUUCUGGUUUCCCUAAAGCAGAGAAGUCACAUCAGAGACAAAAUCCAAUGGAAUCCCAUGCCAACUUUAAUCCUCUACCUUUUGCUUUAACCAAAACACUUGUGGUUGGUCCAGAAAAAGAAGACUUGGAUUAGCCUUCUAUUAUAUAUAUAUAUAUAUAUAUAGUAGAUACUAAAGGACCUCUUAAUUUGAUGAGUCUGAACUAUCAAUUCAAAAUGGUGAGGUCCAAGUUAAUGUUUA